AUGGACCACCGACGGAAGCGAGAAGGCGACGCGGACGAGCCGCCGCAGGUCUCGGGGAAACGGACCAAGCGGCAAGAGGUCGACGAGGGAGGCAGCAAGGAGGAAGAGGAAGGCGACCCCAUCGAGACCGACAAGCAGCUCCGGGCGCGGAACACUGCACUGCGGGAAGUCCUUGGUGAGAAGAACCGCCGGAUCCAGUUUCUGGAGACCAAGUGCAGCGAGCUCUUCGCGCAUCGCCACGUCGUCGACGCUCGUACACGCACCGUGCUGAGCCACUGGAGCUCCCUCUUGAGCACGCUGCACACGCUGCUCCCAGAUGCAUCACACGACGCUCAGGCCGCGAUCGAAGCGAUCGGUACCAUUGAAGUCAAGCUACCCGAAGAUCUCUACUGCGAAAUUAACGAGUGGUACCAAUCGGGCACGCAGCCGUUGACCCCAGAGGCUGCCACAGACACCACCGUCAACUCCCAUUUGCGCGACGAGUGCGAAUACCUCAAGGGCUUCGUCAGUCGACUCCUCACGGAAACUUCGGCGUCAAGUUCCAAGGUGAACGAGACGGAAGCGUUAGCACGGGCCAUUGACGCCAAGACCAAGGCCGAAUCUCUGGCAGCAAGCUACAAAGACCAACUUGCUGCGUACAAGCAGCAACUGCGCGAGGUCAAAUGCGAUCUUGAACGCAAGGAAUUGGAGCGCCACCAAGCCUGCCGUGAACUCGAUUGCAUCAAGAACGGGUCGCCAAAGGCCAGAGUCUCGCAGCAGGCAAGCGAGCUCAAGCUCGAAGCAGAUCUUCGUCGCGCGAUGGCGACGGAAGCGUCGACCAAGAGUUCGAUGUCCGCUCUAAAGACUCUCCAUGACGAGCAACUGGCGCGCGCCGUGAACGAGCUUGCGCACGUCAAGGACGAAUACAUGCGCUUCAAGCUCAAGUGCAAGGACAUGGACGCACACAUUCACGAAAAGUGGAAGAAGAAGCUCGUUAAGUACCAAGGCGACGCUCUCAAGACCAAGGCCAAACUAGACGAAGCCAUGUUGAAAAACGCAGAGCUCAAGGCAAAAAUCACGACAUUCGCCUCGUACAAGGACCAGAUGGUCGAGUACAAGACACUUCUUUCGUCGUACGAGCGUCAAGUUGCGAGUCUCCAAGCCCAGCUCAAAGGCUCUGAAAAGUACCGCCAGUGCGUCAUCGAAGUCCAAGAAGCGGCAACGUCAUCGACCAUGCGGCGCCUCGAAGGCCAGUUGGCUAAUCUCCAGGCGUCCUACGACGCACUGCAAGCGGACCUAGCGUCGGGGGACAGGACGGCCAUGAUUGCUCGGGACCAGGCGACAAGAAAAGCUCUUGCCGAAACGGAGACCAAACUUGCUACUGCGGAGGUGGCGCGGGACGCCAUCGCGCGCGAGCUCGAGUUACUCAAGGACGUAAACCACGACGCCGAACUGAAUGCUAUUGUGCUGGAGGUUGACGCUGUGAACCGCGAGGCGGACGCAAUGCGCGACCAGAUGAAGAAGACGUUGCAAAAGCUCAGCGAAAAGGAGACGACUAUUACCAAGCUACACCAGGCCGUUGCCAAGCUGGAGCAGGCGAACGCAUUUAGCUUUGAUGAACUCGCGGGCGUCCGGCUCCAAGUUGCGGCGCUCCAGGGGCUCCAGAAGCAGCAAAAGACCCUCGAGCAUGGUUUUGCGGACGUUAUCAAGACCAAGGAAGAAGAGCUACAGGGCCUCCACGCGCACGUGAAUCGCGUGCUUGCCCUCAAGGACGACGCGGAGAAGGACAAAAUGCGCGCACUUCGCGAGCUCGAGUUCACCAAGCACAUGGCGGCGCAGCCCAAAGCUGAGAAGGUGACGCCGUGCGAAAAGUGCGAGACCAAGGCGAGUGCACCGCUCGUCAAAGCAGCAGAGGUAGCGAUCUUUCGUUUCAGGGCCGACGCCGCACCGCUGAGCGAGCUGGAGCGUUUUGAGCUCGGCGAUCUGCGCAAGAAGCUCAAGUGUUCCGUUUGCCAGGACGCGCUAAAGGACGUGAUCAUCUCCAAGUGCUCGCACAUGUUUUGCAAGGACUGCAUGGACGCCAACCUCAAGGCGCGCAACCGCAAGUGCCCGACGUGCAAAAAGAUGUUUGGUCAAGACGACCUCAAGAGCGUUUGGUGGUCGUAG